GGGACCAUCCGCGGUAAAUACACGCAGGCGAGAGAAAUAAACAUUUGGAACAAAAAGCCCGAGAUGCUUCAACGAACCUUUAACCAUUACGACGAAGAAGAAGAACGAUAAUUAUUAAAUUAUUCGAAUGCACUUAAGGGCAGACAACUGCCGCAGCGUCCGAGAGAAAAGGCAAAGAAACUAACCACUCGGUUGCAUUGGGAAUUUUGAGUCACAAGUUACUACAAGUGAAUUCGAUUCGACUACGCCGAGUCUUUUUUUCUCAUGAGCGGAUCACCGUUUUGAUUCACGCCUGGUAUGGUGUUUCCUAGGCUGAAAGUUGAAUCGAUGCGAGACACAAGUAAUAUUUGAAUUUCUCUUUUUGUAUUGUCGAUUUUUUUUUUUAUCAGGGCUGACUCGAACUAACCGGUCUGUGAGAUAAUGUUAUUGGAUGCUGGUCACCAGUUCCCUGGACUGGGAGUAGGCUCAUUUGCCAGGCAUCACUCGGCAAGCGACAUGCAGGAAAGAGACUUAAGUUUGGCCCAAAAUAGCUUUGUAGACUCCGCACACAUGGGUGCAUUUAAGCUGAACCAUGAUCUUUCGCCGGGACAGAACUCUGCCUUCACCACCCAGGCGCCAGGCUACCCCGCUGCGGCUUUGGGGGCUCACGCCGCCCAUGUCACCUCGUAUGCAAGUUCUCCGUUUAACUCCACCAGGGACUUUCUCUUUCGCAGCCGGGGCUUCGGAGAAUCAUCUCCGGCGAGCAGCCAACACACCAUUUUUGGCCCGUCGGCGGGUUCCCUCCAUCACUCUCACUCAGACAGUCAAGGCCACAUUCUCUUUCCCGGGAUCCACGACCAGCAUGGGUCCCAUGGAUCCACGAACGUAUUAAACGGGCAAAUGCGGCUUGGACUACCGGGUGAAGUUUUUGGACGCUCCGACCAGUACCACCAGGUUUCCAGCCCGAGGACCGACCCGUACUCCGCAGCGCAGCUCCACAACCAGUACGGUUCAAUGAAUAUGAACAUGGGGAUGAACAUGGCAGCCCAUCACCACCCUGGUGCCUUUUUUCGUUACAUGCGGCAGCAGUGCAUCAAACAGGAGCUCAUCUGCAAAUGGAUCGACCCCGAGCAGCUCAGCAACCCGAAGAAGUGUUGCAACAAAACUUUCAGCACCAUGCAUGAGUUAGUUACGCACGUCUCCGUGGAGCAUGUCGGGGGGCCAGAGCAGAGUAACCACGUCUGCUUUUGGGAAGAGUGCCCCCGCGAGAGCAAACCGUUCAAGGCGAAAUACAAACUGGUCAACCACAUUCGGGUGCACACUGGGGAGAAACCCUUCCCAUGCCCGUUCCCUGGCUGUGGAAAGGUCUUUGCGCGAUCGGAAAACCUGAAGAUCCACAAGCGAACGCAUACAGGAGAAAAGCCGUUUCAGUGUGAAUUUGAAGGAUGUGACAGACGGUUUGCAAACAGCAGUGACCGAAAGAAACACAUGCACGUUCACACGUCGGACAAGCCAUACCUUUGCAAAAUGUGUGACAAGUCCUACACCCAUCCCAGCUCCCUACGCAAACACAUGAAGGUCCACGAAGCCUCUCCAUCAGCUUCUGACUCGUCUCCAGCCGCGAGCUCUGGCUAUGAGUCCUCUACACCUCCCGGCUUGGUGUCCCCCAGCACCGAAACCCACAGCAACAACAACCUGUCCCCAGCCUCAGCUGUCCACAACACCACCAGUCACAGCGGCCUAUCCUCCAAUUUCAGUGAAUGGUAUGUGUAGGACUGUACAGCGAAAUGACACAGACAUUUCAUAGCACUGGGUCAUCCAGCAGAGCAGAUUGGGACACAUGUGCACUCACACACAAACAAACAAACACACACACACAAACAUUUUUGGAGAACAUUUAACUGGGGAGGAUGACAAUUUACAGCAAGAGGGAAGUGUGUAUAAUGGUUCAUGUUAUUUCAAUGUUGUAUAUAAUUACCUAAUGUCCUCUUUCCCAUUGGUUGUGAUAGAACUUGUCAGUCUUUGGUGUAUAGAUGUUCCUUUAAUGGUAGCUAUUUCUCUAACUGGACUUUUAGUGCACAUACUACAUUUAAAAUUGUAUCCUCAUAUUGAAUAUUGUGAUCCUAAGGCAAACUGAUUGUACUAUACUAAACAUCUAUAAACAGGAGAGAGUGCCAAAGUAACAUUUAACUCAAACAGACCACAAUAUUUUGCUUGUGAAUGUAUAUUUAGUUUGCUGGGCUUAACUUGUGAUGUUUUGUGCUUUGCAAGUUUGAAUUGUGAAAAAAAAUUAUCUGGACGACUAUGAGGAAAAUAAACAUUGUGCCGUUCGAUUUUCUGUAACUAUAUACUUCCUUUUGUAAAAUAUCAACUGCCAUAUUUAUCCAUUUGUAAUUAAAUUAUGGUAUUUACUUCCUACAGAUGAAACAAUAUUUAUAAAGAAUGUUUCUUUACUAUAAAUAUGUACAAUGAGGAGCAUAAACAUGGGCAGUUGUUUUGUUAUGUGUUUUCGUUCAAAGUUUUAAGAGUGUUUUCUUCCUUAUUGUGAUAAGAAUUUUACUGCAAACAAAUAUAAUA